CCGAUGCCAUCUCAAGCACUCGAGGCAGAUGAGGAUUUGCAGCUGUGGAAAGAGAUAGACGAUGCAUGUUCUGCUUACCUGUCCACAGAUUCUCAACCUCAGGCGUCCAGUAGACUGGAAGAACUUUGUUUUCUGGUCAUGGGAUUUCUCCAGAAACCACAGGGUUUAGAUGAAAAAGACAACACAAAAAGGUUCUUAUUUCAUUAUUCUAAGACUCAUGACUCAGGCAACUCAGACAUCAUGUCGUCUGUCCUGCAUCCUUUGCUGCAACUUGUUCCCCAGCUUAAUGAGAGAAGACUGAAGAGAUACAAAGUGGACGAAGAACUUCAAGGACCUGGAGGGAUUCAAAGCAGAGGCUACUUUUUCUACAGGCCACGCAAUGGAAGGAGAUCAGUGGAUUUUCGCUAAGGAGGAUUUUAGAUUCCUGACCUAGAACUAAUGCUACAGGAAUGCUGAGUACACGGACAUACUGUUUUCCUUACAAAAAGUAUUCGUUACUAAUGUACUAUUAAAAAUCACUAGAAUGUAAAUGUUCUUAAACUAGAUUCUGUUAAGGAUUCAAAAGUUUCUUUACUUUCUUGAUUAUAUUAAAAGCAUAUUAAAAUUGUUUGUUUCCUCAUAUUAUGAUAUUUACAACUGUGUGUAAUGCAACUGUAAAAAUGUCAGCGUGUGCAUGCCACAGACAUUGCCUCUAACAACACUGUUAUGUAUGUUUGUUUUCCCUUAUAAAUAAAGGCACUUAGUUAGAGAGUUGUUUUAAUGA